ACAGUUAACAAUCUGCCAACGGAUACUAAUCAUUGGCAUGCCUCCUCGGCUUUUCAUUCUUUGCCAUCCUCGCUCCCAAGUUGGAGCAAACGUAACCCAUCGAAUGCUCGUGCUGCACUUCCGUUUUCACCAUGGCCGACACCACGACGCCCGUUGAUGCCCCAGUUGUAUCGUCCGUCCCUCCAGCAUUGGACGCACAGCAAAAGAAGCAGCAGCAAGAGAUGAUGCUCGAUGAAGACCCGUUGCUUAUAUCGCAAACUCUCACCUAUGUAACAGAUGACGGAAGUGUGCUGCAUUCCUUUCAAUCGUCGUCCUUCUCCUUCGGGUUCAAGCUCCGAUUCAUCAUUCUGGAGAUAAUAUUUGUCCUUCUAUUGGUUGCAGCAGUGCCGAUUGGGGCCCAUGGCACCGUGGUCGCUGUAUCAGUCGCCAAUCUACUCGUGCUGGCUUGGUUUUGGUACAAUCUAGUGAGAUCCGUUGAUGUGACCGACGAUGGAGCUCUGCGAUUUUGGAUUGGCAACAUUGAGGUGGAUGUUCCCUUUGACAAAAUUGUCUCCAUUCGACGUGUCGCUUCCACCUCUCCUUGCAGCAGCAUGAUGGCAUUUUCCUAUCCCUACAGAGGAUUCUUGUCGGAUCCUACUGAUGGAGUAGCCAUUGUCACCACAGUGCCAAGCACACCCUUUUGGCUCUGGCCUCGAUCGGCAGGAAAGCCUGACCGAUCAUGUUGCUUUGGCAUCUUUGCCUGUCCGAGGCUAACUGUGAUGUUCUCACCUACGGGAGGAAGCUUGAACUUUAUUCGAGAAGUGGAAAACGAAAUGCGCAAUUUCUCCAACGGAAAGAUGCAGCGAAACAGAAAGCCAAAGAGCACAACACCAACAGCCAACCCUGACUUUCUGGAUGUUUAGAUCAAUAGACAAGGAUAGAUCAGUCAUUUGGAAACGAAAAACAACAAAUCUGGUCUUCUCUACCCCUGCACACGACAAUUUUGGAUCGAGGGUCACGGGUUGCCCAGGUACUGGUACCACCACCAGCGCAAGGACGCUUUGUUGGAACACAAAGGGUUCUCUCAUCAUAGCCAUUGGCGUUGUCGGCUCAUCAAAACUUUAUAUCACAGACGCUGUCAACACAAAGCUACUGUAUAGUACAAAUAAAUGAUAGCAUGAAGUAUUGUGUUACUAUCUCUUCAUAGUGCUGCCACUUUCUCUUUUGCUGACUCCGGUGCUACGAUUGGAACAGCUAUGGCAUCGGCGUUGUCAUUGCCAUCAUCAUUGAAUGCUACAGGCAAGUCUUCCGUCACUGUGGACUCUGUAAUCAUUCUUCUAGCCUCGGCUUUCACUGCGACGUCACCAACAUUGUCAGUGUUCCUGUCGUAUUCGUAGGAGUUUGGCUCGCCCAAAAAUGGAGUGACAGAUUGUGGCAAGGGGACACCCUCAGUAACUGUGUAGGCUGCAAUGGAUGUCGCCAUGUCCAGUGCUACAGGGAGGGGCAGUCGUACAAUGAAACUCAGUCCAAACCACAUCCUGGCAAACCAAGAUUCAUGUUUGUCAUUGAAAGGCAAUCCGGGCCAACCAGCAAGGAAACCACCCCAGAGUGGCAGUGGCAACUUGAAAAAGCCAUCAAAGAAUCCACGCAACCCUACGACAUCCUGUUUCAUGAGAAACUCUCCUCCAAAGACGGCAAAGUUUCUCUGUCGAAUAUUUUCCGGAGUCCACAGUGAAUGAUACGCGGAUGCGGCUACCUUGUCCAAGUUGGGUUUGCUACCGCUUGCCAUUUCCUUUUGAAUGGCAUCUGCCAUUUUGGUGGCGCCCAUCAUGCAUCGGCACAAAUGGUACCCAGUACUGGGAUGGACCAUCGCAGCAGAGCCACCAAGCCCCAUCACACGUUGAUCACGAACGGGCAGGGCACCUCCC